AUGCCUACCCGCCGGCGAGGUGUUCCCUCCCUGUCGGCGAGAUCCUGCGACCUUGCAGUCGGCUGUGGCAGUCCUUCCUGCCCUUGGGGAACCAGGCUGGCUAUGGGCAAUCUGGAGACUGGCUCUCUUGGGACUCGUGUGGCUGCUCGUGGAGGAUGCGGUCGGGGGCCGGUUCACACCGAUGGGAGAGGGAACGUGACACAGUUCUGUGUGGCCCCGGAUGGUCCAUGCAGUAUAUAUAAACUCUUUGCGAAGGGUGCCCACUCCCCAAUAAGAUCCCCCAAAUCCAACCCAGCCGACGAACUCAGCGCACCACACUCAUCGACCCAUCACAUGUUCUCACAAAAACUUAACCCCGUCAUGUUUCAAGUCCCGAAACCCAUCAUGAUGCUGGCCCUGGUGUUGCUUGCAUGCAGUUUACCAGCGCCGGCGAGUUCCGCACCCGGGCAGGUGGUUGACCGGCCGCUCGGGCUUGAGAGCCGGGAAUUACGAUGCACCUGUCGACUUUAUGGCGGCUGCCAUUGUUGA